UCUAAAUGUGUGGUAGCUGCAUAGAGCUUCUUUCUGUCCUCCUACACAGGCAGGAGUGAGAGGCCCCUGGAGUCACCGGCACUGGGAGCAGCGGCAGAAUAUACGGUGAAAAUGACAUCCCUCUUUCUGCUGUGUGUGUCUUUGCCUGUAAUCUUGGCAACAACGAUACCGAAAGAUCCUAAUGAUAUAGUUGGCUCAUUGCAUGUCAGCAUCCCUGUUGAGUUGCCUCUCCGUCCACUGCUGGGAGGAAAGGUAGCUGUGCCAUGCUACUUCCAAGGAAGCAGUGUGAACGACCCGGGAGCACCCACCAUCGCCCCGCUAGUUCACAGAAUCAAGUGGACCUACGUCACCAAGGAGAAAGUUAGCCCAAUCCUGGUGGCAUCGGAGGGGAAGGUUUAUGUGGAGACAGAGUAUCUGGACAGGGUGACAUUGGUCGGCUACCCAAUGGUUCCUACUGAUGCUACCAUUGAGAUAACUGAACUGAGGUCCAAAGACUCUGGUACCUAUCGCUGCGAAGUGAGCCAUGGUAUUGAGGACAGCUCUGACUUUGUAGACAUCCAGGUUCAAGGUAUUGUAUUCCACUAUCGUGCCAUCUCCACCCGCUACACCCUAACAUUUGAAAAAGCCAAAGAGGCCUGUGUACAGAACAGUGCCACCAUUGCAACUCCUGCACAACUCCAAGCCGCUUACGAUGACGGAUACCACCAGUGUGAUGCUGGUUGGCUUUCAGAUCAAACUGUGAGGUACCCUAUUCAUGAGCCCCGGGAACCUUGCUUUGGAGAUAAGGAAAACUUUCCUGGAGUGAGGACCUACGGCGUUAGAGAUGUCAAUGAAACUUAUGAUGUGUACUGCUUUGCUGAGAAGAUGUCAGGCAAAGUUUUCUACUCCAUGUCUGUAGACAAAUUUAGCUUCUAUGAAGCACAAGACCAGUGUGUCAAACUGGGAGCGAGGCUGGCCACCACUGGAGAGCUAUACCUUGCCUGGAAGAAUGGCAUGGAUGUCUGUAAUGCUGGCUGGCUGGCAGACAGGAGUGUACGCUACCCAAUCAACAUCCCCAGGCCUCAAUGUGGAGGGGGCCUUGUUGGAGUAAGAACAGUCUACUUGUUCCCCAACCAAACUGGAUACCCCUACCCAGACUCUCGUUACGAUGCGGUCUGCUUCCAAGAUGAUGAUGAAGGUGAAGUGCCUGGUAGGACCACACCCUUCCCAGUCAUCCAGUUUGCAUCUACCCCUGUGCCGCUCCCCACCCCAAUACCUCCACAAGGGACUGAAGAGAGCAAGUCUGGAGGAGUAGUAACUCUCUCCCCAUUGCCACAUCUCUCCAGUGAAGGUGUGACCAUGGGUCCCACAGGUGUGGUGUUCCACUACCGACCCAUCACUGGUCGUUACACUCUGACCUUUUUGGAGGCUGAGCUGGCUUGCCGGACCAUCGGAGCGAUUAUCGCCAGCCCCCAGCAGCUGUACGCAGCCUUUGAGAAAGGCCUGCACCAAUGUGACGCUGGCUGGCUGCGCGACCAAUCUGUGCGGUAUCCAAUUGUGUCACCCAGAAGCAACUGUGCUGGAAACCUGCAUAACCUCCCAGGAGUGAGGUCGUACGGCCAGAGACCAGCCAGUGAACGCUACGAUGUCUUUUGUUAUGUGGACGGUUUAAGAGGUGAGGUCUUCUUCACCACCGACUAUGACAGCUUCUCCUACGAUGAGGCCGUGCAGCACUGCCAGAAGCUCAACAGCACCCUGGCCACGCCGGGGCAGCUGCACGCUGCCUGGAAACAAGGACUUGACAAAUGCCGGCCAGGCUGGCUCAUGGACCGCAGUGUCCGCUUCCCCAUCACAACCCCCAAAUCUUACUGUGGGGGUGGAGAGGUCGGGGUGCGCACCAUCUACGCCUUCCCCAACCAGACGGGAUUUCCCGAUGAGCAUUCACGCUACGAUGCCUACUGCUUCAGAGCUCAAAUUCCUGUUGAUUCCCAAACUCCCACCACUGUCUCUCAGACGACAAAGCCUAAAGAUGUCAGGGAGACUACAACCGUCAGACCGGUUGACUUUGAUAAAACUUCAGUUGGCUACAAUGAAACCGAUGUGAAUAUCACCGACGAAGUUAUCAAAGAAACUGUUGUUACAUUUGUACAAGUUGCUCCAACAGUGAAAACUGUUCUCCCUCCAGUCCUGGUUGAUGCGUCGGGUUCUGGUUCGGCUGACCACUCAGCCAGUGGGGAGACCUCUGGGGAACCUGCUAUCUCCACCAGCAGCGGUGACACGUCUGGGUCAGGACAAGGCGUCAUUUUCAGCAGAACACCCGAUGUGCUUUCUAGAGAGCAGUCUGGCUCUGGAGUCCCCGAGGAGGCAAAGGAGGGCAGCAUAGUUUUCAUCACAUCUGUAGCUGUGUCUGGAUCUGGAGCUGUGUCUGGAUCUGGAGCUGUAUCUGGAUCUGGAUCUGGAUCUGAAUCUGGAUCUGGCAUCAUUAUAAGUGGAUCAGGCUACAGAAGUGGAAGUGGGGACAUCAGUGGCAGUGGUGAUGACACAGUGGUCACCUUGGUGGAUGUAGAGCUGGAGGAUUUGUCAAAAACCCUCAUGAAUGGCACGGCAACGCAGGAGUUUGGCCAGGGAGGGAUUGACACCAGCGGGGGAUCAAGUGUUUCUGGAUCAGGAGAUGUGUCUGCUUCCGGCUCGGGCGAGUUUUCUGGCAUUUUGUUUAUCGACAGCAGUGAGAUUGACCUGACACCCCAGCAACCUGGGGAGGAAGAAGUGUCUGGAGAUCAUCCGACUGAAUCAGGGUACCCCAGUGGCUUUCCCAGUGGCUUUCCCAGUGGCUUUCCCAGUGGCUUUCCCAGUGGCUUUCCCAGUGGUAUUCCCAGUGGUUUUCCAUCUGGCGUUUCAGGCAGUGGCUCUGCCUCCGGAGACCUUUCUCCAAAGCAUGACAAAGUCAUCUACCUGAUCAAGGAUGACAUGAUUCAAAUAAUCACAGACUCUACUGAAGAGGGGCGGGGUGUGGUGGAGAUAAGCGGGGAAGGCAGUGCCUCUGGACUCCACCCUGAAUUCAGCGGCGCUUCAACUCAACCGUCGGGAAGCGGAGCGGCUCCUACAACUGUUUACGGAGAGUUCGUACCGACUCUUGACCAAUCAGGAUCCAGGGGUACAACUGAGGAGAGUGACAUCGGGUCUGCAGUUCAUUCAGCCACACCAGAAGGACUCUACACCCGGCCAACAACGGCUCCAUCAGUGUCAGUGGUUACUCCGGCUGUUGUGGAGCGUCCCGAUGUGGACGGAGCUACGGAGGGCUGUCCUGAGGACUGGAUCGAGCUUGGCGGCAGAUGUUACCGACACUUUGAUGAGAGACUCACUUGGUCUGAGGCAGAGCAGCGCUGUCAGGAGUUCAGCGGCCACCUGGUCAGCAUCGGCUCGCCACAGGAGCAGCAGUUUGUCAACUCCAAUGGUGACAGCUAUCAGUGGAUUGGACUUAACGACAAAGACGUGCAGAAUGAGUUCCGCUGGACAGACGGCAGUCCUCUGACUUUUGAGAACUGGAGGCCCAACCAGCCGGAUAACUACUUUGGUUCUGGUGAAGACUGCGUGGUUAUGAUCUGGCAUGAGGGCGGCGAGUGGAACGACGUGCCCUGCAAUUACCAUCUUCCUUUCACCUGCAAGCUGGCACCCGCCAUGUGUGGAGCGCCACCCGAGGUGGAACACGGCGGUCCGAUCGGCAGCAGCAGAGGGCGCUAUCCUGUCAAGUCUAUAAUCCGCUACCAGUGUGACCCGGGCUUCACACAGCGCCACCCGCCUGUCAUACACUGUAUGGCAAACGGAGAGUGGGAAAAGCCACAAGCCCAGUGCAUAGAAGCCGGAGCCAACAGUAACAGGCUACACAAAAGGUCCCUGAGGAGAAGAAGUAAAGGUGUCAGCAGCCAACAGGAGCAGAGGGAGCUGCUCUGAGCGGGACUGAAAGGACACACAACUGAGAGCCACAAAAGAGCCUUCUUCUAAAGAAGCAUGGACACUAAUACAAAUGCCAGACCAAAAAGAUAGCAAGCCCUGCCCCUGUAUGUACACUCAACUAAAGCACAUUUAGAUGACGAUUUAAAAAAGAACAAAAAACUGAUGUUCCUGGUCUUUGAAUGUCACCCUGCAACCUCUGAAAGCUCAUUUCUCUAAUUUAUGAUUCAGCAUCCUAGAGCUAAAUCGCUUCCCUUUCUGUCGGCACAAAGUAGAAAAAAACAAAAAAAACUCUUUUCAAGAGGCUGAAGAGUAACAUGCAAAGAGCGUAGAAGGUGUUUUCAGUUCACACUUUUAUUAUACUUUAUCAUAUUUUUCUAGAUCUGUGUUUCUUAGACUUUGUUUUAGGCGUUAGACUCCUACUCUUUAGGACAGCGCGGUGGACGUCGACUUUUGGUUGCGUCGCAGGCAAGUGGUUCUGUGUCGUCGUUUCAUUGGAGCAAAUGGAGCCUUUAGUCUGGUCACAGCUGUGAGCUUGUCGUCUUUGGUGCUGCCGGACCAACACGUUAUGAAAACUCGACCCAGACGCAGCCACCCUGGAUUGAAAUAAUCGGCACGUAUGCACUUUUGAGACGUCCGUCAUGUCGGUGCUAAUCAUUUGAAUCCAGCGCACCUUAAACGACGGAGUGUUAGGGCCACACUCAGAAGAAAAAAGAAAGAAAAAUAA